CGCCAUCAUUGAAUUAUUUCAGUCACGUUAGUCAUUAUCGAGUUAAAUUUCAAGGUUUAAUACUUUACUUUGGAUUUCUGUCUCAAAUAUGUCUGGUCGUGGUAAAGGAAAAGCGAAAGCAAAAGCCAAGUCCAGAUCAAGCAGAGCUGGACUUCAGUUUCCUGUAGGUCGUAUUCAUCGAUUGUUAAGAAAAGGAAAUUAUGGUGAAAGAAUUGGUGCAGGUGCUCCAGUUUAUCUAGCUGCCGUUCUUGAGUAUUUAUCUGCGGAAAUCUUGGAAUUGGCUGGCAAUGCUGCUCGUGACAACAAGAAAUCUCGAAUAAUCCCCCGUCAUCUUCAACUUGCCGUACGCAACGACGAAGAAUUGAACAAAUUGUUGUCUGGUGUGACGAUAGCUCAAGGAGGUGUUCUUCCUAAUAUUCAAGCUGUCCUUUUACCUAAAAAGACUGGUGGUUCCUCCGGCCAAAAAUCUUCUCAGAGUCAAGAAUAUUGAAAUAAUCUGACUUCCUGAAAUAAAACCGGCUCUUUUAAGAGCCAACAAAUCCGCAAAAGAAUCAUAGCAGUUUGUUGUUGCUCAGAUAAAUGUUGAAAACAUUAGAAGUAAAGAUGCCUCGUAGUUUUAUAUUGAGGUCAAGAUAAUGGCAAAUAUAAACCAUUAGUCUUGUUUAGAUAUAUUUGCAUGUGAUAUCAGCUUUCUGGGCUGUACAUAUUGUAAGUUUCAUAUUAUAUUUAUAAAUCCUGCAUAUGAAGUGGGACUUUAGCCAUACAUUUGCUUUUAUUGUCAAAGUAAUUUGCUACUUUGAGAAAGUUUAGUAUAAAUAAAGUAAGCCUCAAAGUUUCCUUUACACAAAUUGGCAUGUAAUAAACAUGUACAAAGGCA